CACCCCCUCCUUCUUACGCUUUUCUCCGUGUCCCUCUCUCUUUCACACGCACACGAACCCACACGUGCGCUGUCAGACUCACACACACUCGCGCCGGCUGGAUGUCUUCUCGCUAGGCUGAACGAGAGAGGUGUAAGUUUACGGAUGCUCCCUGGCUGAGGAGGUGGAGAGCUGAUGAUGGAUCUGAAGGAGAACUGUGGCAGUCAGGGGAGCCAGGAAAGCUCCAGCCUGCGUCCCACCUCCUGGCAGGCCUUCGCCCACACCAGCACGCUGCAUGGCCUUCGCUUUGUCUUCCCUUAUGGUCAGCCCAGCGCACGCCGCUUGCUUUGGGCUGUGGCUCUGUUGGCCUGCCUGGGACUGUUAGCCCUGGAGAGUACAGAGCGGUUGGCCUAUUUCCUCUCCUACCCUCAUGUGACCAGUGUGGAUGCUGUGGUGUCGAGCAGCCUGGUUUUCCCUGCUGUGACCAUUUGUAACCUCAAUGUGUAUCGCUUCAGCCAUCUCACGCGCAAUGACUUGUACCAUGCUGGAGAGCUGCUAGCCCUGCUGGAUGUGCACCUGGCUAUUCCCCAGCCACACCUGGCUGAGCCUGAUGUGCUUGCUUUCCUGCAAGAGAAGGCCAACUUCACGGCCUACAGGCCCAAAGCGUUCAGCAUGAAGGAGUUCAUUGAGAGGGUUGGCCAUGACUUGGAAGAGAUGAUGCUCUACUGCAGAUACCAAGGUGAAGAUUGCAGCCCUAGCGACUUCAAAACCGUGUUCACCAGAUAUGGGAAGUGCUAUAUGUUCAACGCUGCAGAAGAGGGGAAGACACUGCGCACCACCAUGAAGGGAGGGACGGGAAAUGGCCUGGAGAUCAUGCUGGACAUCCAGCAAGAUGAGUACCUGCCUGUAUGGGGCGACACAGAGGAUACAGCCUUUGAGGCAGGUGUGCGGGUCCAAAUCCACAGCCAGGCGGAGCCCCCAUUCAUUCAUGAGCUGGGCUUUGGUGUGGCACCUGGCUUCCAGACCUUUGUAGCAACACAGGAACAGAGGCUGACCUACCUGCCUCCCCCAUGGGGCGAGUGUGAGUCCAGAGCUCUGGAGUCGGGCUUUUUCCAGGUCUACAGUGUAACUGCCUGCAGGAUCGACUGUGAAACGCGCUACAUUGUGGAGAAUUGCAACUGCAGGAUGGUGCACAUGCCUGGAGAUGCGUCAUACUGCACACCUGAGCAGUACAAGGACUGCGCUGAGCCUGCCCUCGCCAAACUGUCCGCUGUGGAGAGCAGUAACUGCAUGUGCAGGACGCCAUGCAACAUGACCCGCUACAACAAAGAGUUAUCCAUGGUCAAAAUCCCCAGCAAGACCUCGGCCCGCUACCUGCAGAAGAAGUUCAACAAGUCAGAGAAGUACAUUACAGACAACAUCUUGGUGCUGGAUGUGUUCUUUGAAGCUUUGAACUACGAGACCAUUGAGCAGAAGAAAGCCUAUGAGGUGGCAGGCUUGCUGGGUGAUAUUGGUGGCCAGAUGGGUUUGUUCAUCGGAGCCAGCAUCCUCACCAUCUUAGAGUUGUUUGACUAUGCUUAUGAGGUGGUGAAAGACAGACUACUGGACUUAUUAAGUAGAGAGGAGGAGGAGGAGAGUCAUGGAGAGGAUGUGAGUUCCUGUGACCCGGUGGCAAAUCACUCAGAGUCCAUCAGCCACACAGUGACAGUCCCCCUGCAGACAACGCUGGGCACCCUGGAGGAGAUUGCCUGCUGAAUCUGUUCUCCCUUCCCCUCAGAGCAACACAUAUCCGUCGGCUGCCUCCGCUAGGUGGGGCCACAUCCUUCGCUAUGGCAUCUUGCAGGACCUUAACAAGGGAGGGGAGGAGACAAGGACAAGAACAUGGGUUGAUCUAAGGGCAGCGCUUCGCUCUGUCACAACCCCCCUGACUGAGGCACUAAUGAGGAUGAAGGAGCUGUCAGCUGGACUUAUCAGCACUUUCUGUCACCCUGCAGUGGGAGGGUGGCCUUUGCUGUGCCAAACCCGCAGUGGGGUCUGAGUCUCCACAUGCACACACACACACACUCACACACACACACACACACACACACACAGAAAAUCAGUGACUGGCUGGGACAAUUACCUGUAAAGGGGACUCAUCCCUGUGCAGCAUAUUUAUGUAAAAAACCCACAAAUAUGUUGCUCACUGCCAAAUGAACUGUACAAAAUUGGUUUCGACUGUCCAAACUGCAUGCUUCGAUCUCUCUUGCUCUCUUUGCUGACGCAUACUGGACUGCAGUGUUGCUUUACUCUAUAUGUGCGCCAUUUGUCUCUCCAUCUGCAGCACAAGCCUAUGACAAGGGCCCAGGUGAGAUAUUGAACUUCGAAUGUACAGAUUGAACUUAUGGUUGUUUCAAAUCGUAGUUCAGGUGUGACCAAACCAUCUCUGAAAUUCUAUUCUAAUGAGCAAGUUCUCAUUUCUUACAACAUGUAGUUAAUUAUCUUUGUGGCAGAAGGAGUUGGUGAUCUAUGAGGAAAAACACCUUAAUAUUUUCUUUUGCUUUCUUUAUUGAAAACAAUGUAAAAUCAGCCCACAUCUUGCAUAUUAUUUUUGCCUUUCAGUUUUUAUUUAAUCAGUUUGCCAGAAGACAGGUUUGCUGUGUGAGUUGUGCGAUGCUAAGCUCUUCUUUACAGGCAUCUUUAAAAGGAUGUCAUACACUUACGUUUAAUUUAUGUGAAUAAAGGACUUGCUUCUGGCUGCAGCACUUCACCAGACGAUUUAUUUGCCUGCCAGACAGCAAGCCUUGUACAAAACGCUGUAGUAAAUGAAUACGGCCGGGGGAGUUGAUAAACCAUUAUUUCAUUAAGCGAAUGUCAGGGUGGAAUUUUGGACAGCUAUUACCUUUUUAUCAAGGAUUGCAUCAUUUUGUCCUUUGCCAAAAGAAAUCCCCAAGCCUAACAAUUUUAAACAAUUUUCAUGAUUAUAAAAAUGAUUACAAAAGCACCACAAGGAGUUUUUGACUAGGAUACUUGUUAGGAUACAGGGUCUGCUGUGUUACGGUGUAAAUAAUUGUGUUUUGUUUUCACUCUGUUGCUUUCAUAAAAACGGGUACCAUGCAGAUAUGCCUGAAGCAAAUCUUAUUUAAAAGAACUUUGGUGAAACAUCAAUUCUGGGUCCACAAUUGGCUACAUAUCUGUCACAUUCCUUUAAUACUAUUACUCAUUCAGCAGUUCUAAGUAGGCGAGUGUGUUAUUGAGGUAGUUGAAUGUCAUGCUAAAAAUGAAAGACCCAUGCUUUUCAGUGCAGGUUUAGCUGAACCUUCAGUGUUCUCAAAAGAAACCAUUACAUAGUUGUGGCUUCACACCAAAAGCUUUUGUGAUACUACUUGGAAGAUUUAGUGUAUCUGAAUUUUUUUAUUUCUAGUCCAUGAUCAUCCUGGCAUGGUCUCCGUCAUCAUGGCAAUGUACAUUACAGGUAGGAAUGAAUUCAAGUGCUUUGUGAGACAGUUUGAAUUAUGAUUUCCCAUCUGUGGCUCAAUCUGCUGUGUGUACUGUCUCAUGUUGUGGCUUCAGACGAACACAGUCCUUAGCUAAUCUGUGCGGGGUGGGAGACGAAUGUGUCUCUCUUCUCUCGCCGGUACCCAUACUGGCUGUUUCUUCUGUCUACAUCAGCUUCAGUUGUUAUUGAAGGACAGCGUUUUCUCAUUUUGUGA